AUGGCUGGAACCGCGGAGGGCUCCUCCAGUGCAGAUUCCCGUACAAGGUCGCCGUUGACGUUGGUUUCCGAUCUGGGACGGGGGCAAGGGCAGAUUCUACGCUUCAAGCUCUUCGACAGCCAAGUAGAUGAGGGCUUCUGGUGGAGGCUCUCCUCUCUCAAGCUCGACGUCCUUGGCCUCGAUCAGUCACCCGUCAAUGUUACCGGCAAGUCCCUACCAAUCCUCUCCUUCCCACGCGGGAUCACCCUCUUCUGCGCAGAUAAUUUCUUGCGCAAAUUUUCACGAUCUCGGAGCAGAUAUUCUCCGAAUGGGUCUCUAAUCGCGAUUCUGCCCUGGUUAUCGCUCGUAGCGUGAGGCAUUUUGGAUUUCUCGGUCUCUCCUGAUAGAUUUCUAUCACUUCCAUCGUCUAACCAUCGAAGUCGUCACAAUUGACGGAUCGUAGCAUGCGAGACCAGCGUAACCGUUUCUACUUUCUGCUGUUCUUCCUUGACGAAGAUGAUGAUCAACUCUCCUGCAACAACGCGGAACCCUAAAUGAUAUAAUCCUUUUGCUGAACACUAAAAGAUUAAGCGUUUCGUUGACAGGUUUCUUCGCGCCGUGUUCACAUCCUCGAGUUUCACAGCGCUUGAGCCUGCUUGCCGAAUCAUUACCCGAAGUUUCCGGGGAACAGUCGGCAUCAUCUGACCCAGCUCAUGGCAAUAGAAACAGGUGCCCAGUUCCUGGGAUCCUUUACAACACAAAUACGUUGGAGAGCUUCCAUGCGCUUGACAAGAAGAACCUUCUAAAGAUGGAAGCAGAGAAGGUAGUGAAUAAUUUGCAGUUCAUGGAGUUCCAUAUCUACAAAGUAACGAAUAAUUUGAUGUACACUUUUUACAGUAGUUCACUGUUCUUCAGAUUUUGCUGGACAUAUCUUCAGGAAAAGUAGAGGAGGAGUGCUCCUCCCUCUUAAGAUUUCUCGUUAUUUCGUUUGCUGAUCUUAAGAAAUGGACAUUCCAUUACUGGUUUGCGUUUCCUGCUCUGGUGCUGAAUCCUCCAGCAACCUUAGUUUCUCUCCAACCGGCUUCUGAGGUGUUCAGCACAGAAGAGGUAUAUGUGAUCAAAUGAAGUGAAUAAGCCAUCAUAUUACACGCUAGUUAUCUCUCCCUUUCUUUAUCUUUGCAGACAGACAGUUUGACCACAGCUUGCAAUGAAUGGCGUAGCUCAAGUCUGACCGCAGGUUUGGUUUCUCUCUCUAAAACGAAAACCCCAGAAAAUCAUUCUCUCCUUCUUUAUUAUUUUCUCGGUUCAUGAUGAGACUCUCCCCAUAUGUUGACAGAUGUGCCAUUCUUCCUUGUUAGCAUCGCUAAUAACUCACGCGCCACAAUCAGACCUUUGAGAGACUGGAAAUCUUGUCAAGGUGACGGCCAAAAGGUUCGUCAGAGGCUGGAUCACCUGGUCUCCAUGCCCCAAUGAAACCAUGUCUUCUGUAGAACAUAAAUCACCUGACAUUCAUGGCAUUUAAUGCAGUUGCUGUAUGGGUUCUACGAUCCAUCCCAUAUUAUGAGUAAUCCCGGCUGGCCUCUUCGAAACUUCCUUGCUUUCAUCUGCUUGAGAUGGAAGAUUGAGAAGGUCCGCUUCUUCUGCUACCGGGAGAAGCAUGGCAUGGCCGACUUGGGCUCGUCCCUUGUCGGGGAGGCAUCAGUCUCUGCUCCACAAGGUACAGUGGGGAAUGUUUGUAGUCUGGAGUGUUCAAGAGCUAGAACUAGUUCCUACUCAGAUCUGUGGUCUGUGUCCAGAUUGGACAGAGCGCCGAUCUGCGCCUCAGGCUACUGGCUGGGAACCAAAUGCCAGCGGGAAAUUGACAUGCAGGACCGUCAACCUCAAGGAAUCCAUGGAUCCUGUCAGGUACUGUGCGUUGAAGAUUUGCUUAAUCCAGAUUCUGAUUUCCUAAAAACUGGGCGGUCUUGAUCUGAUGCAGCUUGGCUGUAGCUGCUGCUGACUUGAACCUAAAGCUCAUGAAAUGGCGGGCAUUGCCGACUCUGGACAUUGGUAGGUUGUCUGGCGUCAAAUGCCUCCUUCUUGGUGCUGGGACUCUCGGAUGCCAGGUUGCUCGUAUGCUCAUGGUUCGUGUUUGAGGAAACCCCCUGAAAGCCCCCCCCCCCUCUCUCUCUCUCUCUCUCUCUCUCUCUCUCUCUCUCAAAGGAGGUCUUUUGUAUUCUGUGUGCAUCCAGGCGUGGGGAAUCCGGAAGAUCACGCUUGUGGACAACGGACGUGUGGCAAUGUCUAACCCAUUGAGACAGUCUUUAUAUGAGUUGAAGGAUUGCCUUAAUGGGGGUGACAUGAAGGCUAAUGCAGCUGCCAACAAGUUGAAAUGCAUAUUUCCAGCUGCGGUGGUUUUCCAAACUAGGAAUUUCUCUCGUUAAUUUUUCUUGAUUCCUUGGGAUCCCUGAUUCUCUGUUUUUUUUUGCUUUUUAUAGGAAGCUGUAGGCGUUAUAAUGUCAAUACCGAUGCCAGGGCAUCCAGUUCCAGACCGAGAGUUGACCAGUGUGCUUGAAGGCUGCACAAGCCUCCAGAGCCUGGUUGAAUCACACGACGUCGUUUUCUUGUUGACUGACACGAGGGAGAGCCGCUGGCUCCCGACUCUUCUGUGUGCGAGUCUCAACAAGGUGAGUCUCAUCAAUGCCGCAUUCGACUGUUAAAGGAUGCAUCUUCACUGGUGUUAAUCUCCUGAUACGCUCUAAUGGCCGCUCCCUUUUACUUUUCAGCUUGCUAUUACUGCAGCUCUGGGAUUCGACAGCUUCCUUGUGAUGCGUCAUGGUGCUGGCCCCUCCGCCCCUGCCGAAGCUGGCCAAGAUGGGCAAAGUAGUCCGCUGCCAACCAGUGAAGAUGGCGGUCGGUUGGGUUGCUACUUCUGCAGUGAUGUCAUCGCUCCAACUGAUGUAAGCCCAUAAAAUCUCCAUGAUCUUGCUCACGAUGGGCUCAGAAACCUAGCCAAGUACUAAGAAAUGCGGCUUAUUUCCACCCAAUUUCAGUCAACCUCGAACCGUACAUUGGACCAGCAGUGCACGGUCACGCGGCCUGGGCUCGCCCCGGUUGCUUCCUCUCUAGCCGUGGAGCUCUUGGUGGGGAUUCUCCACCAUCCUAAUGGGUAAGAUGCUCUGUUUCUGUGGUGCAUUCUUUUCACCAACUGAGAACUGACAUUGGGUGGGUCUGAGUCUGCAAAGGAUGCAUGCUCCCGCCGAGCUCGCCAGCUCUACAACAACCGCCGAUGACCGGCCCCUUGGGAUCUUACCUCACCAGAUCAGAGGCUCAUUCGCCCAAUUCUCCCAAAUGACUCUAUUAGGCCACUCGUCAAGCAGCUGCACCGCCUGCUGCAGUGCUGUGAGUUGACACUUGAGAAAAUGCUCUACUUGGUUGGGACAAUUUGUGUUCACUCUUGUGAUGUUCUUCUUCAGGUGGUGUCCGAGUUCAGAAGGCGGGGAAUGGAGUUUGUUCUUCAGGCUAUAAACCACUCCACCUAUUUGGAGGACCUCACUGGGCUGACGGAGCUGAUGAAGUCAGCCGCCUCUUUUGAUUUGGAGUGGGAUGAUGAUGCUGAUGCUGACCUCUAA